UCAGAUAUAUAGCUAAUCUUUCUCAUACUCCUUCUUCUGUAUGUUUGGCAAAUAAAGUGGAACAUCCCAAAGUUGUUUUGCAAGCCCAGAGCCACUUGGUUUCUUAAUUUACCAUUUGCCAUAGCACUUGCAUUCCUCUGUAUCACUUUUCCAUAACUUAUGUGCAGUUCUGAAGUUCUUACAAUGCUGCAAAACAAUAUGUGGGAGGCAAAAGUAAACUGUUUCUAUGAUCCAGUACAGUCCCCAGCCUGUACUGAGAGGCUUCAGAGCUUGGUAAACUUAACCCCACCCCUCCGGGCAGUCCUGAUUUUUAUUUAUAUGUCUGUGGUCCAACGGAGUUCAGAUGGAGUGCUGUGUGCGUGUGUGGAGAUGAGCUGAAGUCAUGAGCCUGGGCUGUUGGAGUGGUUUUAAUCAGCAACCCGUUAGAGGAGAAUGGAAAACGUCUGACAGGGUGAAGAACUGAGUCGGACAUUGCUUGCCUUUCUCUGCUGGGGGCCUCUCAUUUCUUGCCUGCUGAUGUCAUGGAAGAACUCAAGCCCAGAAGUGAUGGAGAGAGAACUUGAGUACAGAGAACAUACCUUUCUGCCUUUCUUUUAUGCUGGUGGAAAACAGCCAGACUGAUUGCCCCUAUAAUGUGGAAAUGGGACAAAUCAGAAAUCUGAGGUGCCAUGGCUUGCCGGCAGAUUGUGCCUGGCCGGAGAUGGUGUCGUUUUCGCCCAUUCCUGAUGGUGUUGGUUUUGGCUGCCUAUCUCUUCUACCAGACCCUGAUGCCUUUAAGAUUCAAGAGACCAACAAUUCCUACAAGUGGCAAUGGACUGCUGCCCAACAAAGCAGCUGAGAUGCAACAUCAGACACACCAAGUCCUCGCAAGGCGAGUCAGUUGCUUCCUUCCUUCUAACAAACAAGAAGGGCAGAAGGAGAUUGAGGAUACCAGUUUUAAGUUUUUUAAUAACAAAGCUAAGGAAGCCAUACUGUACAUCCCUUCUUCUGGCAAUGGACAAGAUCUUCAGUUAUAUCAGCAAAUCCUUACACAACACAAUUAUAGAGUUACAGUCGUUGAAGACAGGAAACUAAACAGAAAUGAACAUUUACAUCCAGAUGAAUUAAGUUCUUGGGACCUUUUUAUUUGCCUCUCAUCUAACAAAGCUGACCAUGAAAAUUGCUUAAAUAUAGUGGAAUCAUAUCAACCAACACUACUGCAAAAGGCAAAUGUUCUCUCUCAAAUCCAGCAUCUGCUUUCCAGAAAAGAAGGAUUGUGCCAAAUAAUGAGAACAUUUCCAGAUUUGCAUCUUCCAAUUAUUUCUUCUGCUUGCCCAGAAUCAAAAAUUAUAUCUCUUCAUACACUCAAAUCAUAUGAUAAGAAUGAAAGGAUACGUUUGAUAGAAGCAUUACAUCAGCCAGCCAAGGUUGUUCACCACCAUCCAAUCCCCAUUAAGACAGAAAAUAAGGAAGCCUUUAAAAUUCAAGAUUUUUCCAUCAUCAUCAAAGUGUAUGUGUUGGUGACAUCAUUAACACCUUUACAGGCAUUCAUUCAUUCAACUGGAAUUGUCUGGGAUCCACCUAAGAAGAAGCAUUUUUCAGUCAAGUUGCAAACAUUUUUUCAGACAUUUUUGAGGGCUGCUUCCCCUCAGCAGGCUUUGGAUGACAUGAAAGAGGCAAUAAGCCAACUCUUGUUGAUAACUGAGGUUUUCAGCGAAGCAGCAUUGCCUCAGCCACAAACUACUAGCCAGUGCAGGUCUUGCUUUCAGAUGUUAACUUUUGAUAUUGGAUUUGGACCCACUUUUUAUCCUACUGUUCUUGAGGUACAUGAAUAUUUUGAUUUUCAAGCUGAUGAAGAUUCAUUUUCAGAGGACCAAAGUGUUAAAGAAAUUCUUCUUAGAGAUACAUUUAGUAUCCUGUUAUCAAAUCAAACGUCUUCUUCCACUUUCUUUGAAGCUAUGCAGAAUGUUUAUCGAUCAGCAAGAAUUAAGGAUGACCAUCUCAAGGAGAAUUCUGAUUAUUGCCUAACAUUAGAAGAAUUAAAUCCAUUGAUUAACUUUGUAAAAGGGAUUCAAAAUCCAGGGCAAUUUGAAUUGCUUUUCCCUUCUGCUGUUCCGAAAAUCCAUUUUUUGCUGCAUGAUCUUUAUCGUAUAGUGAACCCAGGAAAAAAGCUUAACUCCAUCCUAGCUCUUCAUUGGUUCCUUUCAAGUUUAUUUAAGCAGUUCCAAGGAAUCAGCAAAGUAGCAUCUGCAAAUCUUCCAAAAGGGCAAAACAGUUCAAGAAAUAAGCCUUUGAUGACAGCUAAAUGGUCAAAUCUUGGGAUUUCUUAUUCAGAAAAAGACAACAUUCAACUAAGGGUAUCCUCCCCAGUCAAGGAAAAAGAUAAAGAACUACACAUUUUAAAUCUGGCUAAAGAAAUGCACUGCAGUCAUGAUGAAGAUACACUACCUCAUAUCAAGCAGAUCAUCACUAGCCCACAUUUGGACUUAAAUCCUAAUUUUGACCCCAGAAUCAAAGAAUACUACACUGAGGUGCCUUUUGAUCUUUUGACAAUCAAGAUUAGAGCAGAACCCAUGAAUUGUCAAGGUGAAGCUCACUUGGAUGAGAGACAAGGACCAAGCUCUGCACAUUACCCACUUGGAUUAGGUAUAAACCUAGUAAUUAUUGUGGUAACAGACAAGGCUCAAUCAGUCAAUGAGAUUGUGAGCAUCUACAAAAUCAUCAUUUUUCGUGAAGACCGUCCAAGCUUGCCAUUAUUCGAUGAUUUCAUGCUGUGUGGUUUUAUACAGGAUUGUGGCUCAGUCAUUCAUCCUGAGGAAUCCUGUGGUUUGCAGCCUCUCUCUGCUGAAUAUCUGUCAAUCGUUUCACAGCCACAGUUGAAGACAUGUGAAAUGGGGGAUGUAAAAGAAAUUCCAGGUAGAGAUGUAAGAAUGGUUAUCAUCUACUUUCCAGGACAGUGGGUUGUUCCUUGCCUUAGUUGUUCUGAUAACAGAACCUGUGAUUGGAGGCAGAUAACAUGGCAGCCGAACAAUUGUCAGUACCCUGUUCUGAAUAAACCAGAACUCCAAAAGUGUGUAAAAAGAAAAAAGGUUCUUUUCAUUGGUGAUUCCACUAACAGAGGGAUGAUGUAUUACCUGAUAGAGAGAGUGAAUGAGACCCUUCAAGAAUGGCAAAAGGCACAUGGCAUGAAGUUUUAUCACAAUGUGAACAAUGGGAGCACUUUCAUUAGUUAUUCAUAUUAUCCCCAAUUCUGGAUCAGUGUCAGUCAAAGACCUACAUUUGAAGAAGCUCUAGAGCAGCUGCUAUUCAGAUCACAGCCAUUAGAGAAUACAGGCCAAACUAUACUAGUUAUUGGUGGAGUCCAAUGGCUUAAUUUCAGUCACUUGCAUAUUAUUCAAAAAGUACUAAAGCGAAUGAAUCUCUCAAAUAUAAUGGUAGUGAUAAAAUCCCUAGGAAUGGGCUUUCAUCUGCCAGUAGAUGGAGUACACACUUUGUCAUCAGCAGAAAUAAAGAAUUUGUGGAAAGAAAAUCUUGCUAUUCUAAACACUGCAAAACACUAUGGCUAUGAGGUGGUUGAUACUUUCAUUAUUACAAUGGGACGGUACAAGGAAUUUUUACAAGGGAAAUGUGGUUGUCAUUUUCAUGAGGUGGUGAAAUCAAAGGCAUCUGAAAAAAGCUUUCCAAUAGUAACAACAUUUGCAAGACCCUAUGUUCUGGGCAAAUAUUUCAACAACCAAAGCAACCUUGCAAAACUGCAAGCUUAUGCAUCCAAUUCUCAAUCUCCUUAUCAUGUGAGAGGCCCAAUCAAUCAAGUUUAUUCUGAAAUACUCCUCAGCAGGAUCUGUGGGAACAACAGAAAGGAUGUCAGCGUGUAAUUUUGAAUGUUAGGCAUGUAGAGC